AUGGCUGAAAUAUUAUGUUGUAGACCGUGUAAACCGAGGUAUCGACGACUCGUGGAUGCGAUUUAUCCACGAAAUCAGUUGGAUGGAUUAAUUAAUUCGAAUAUGCAAAAGUUAACAUUUUACGCGAUUUCGCAACCCGAGAAGUUAGGUCGAAUUGCCGAAUAUAUCGUUUUACGAAUGUCUCGAGAUUUAUCUCGGCAACGUUAUAAUCAAGUUAAGAUAUCAGUUGAAGCAAUGGAUCAGUUACUUCAAAGUUGUCAUAAUCUUUCAAGUCUCAGUCAGUUUAUUGAGAGUUUCCUCAAAAUGUUGCAAAAACUUUUGGAAACGAAUAAUCUUCAGAUGGAGAAGAGAGCGACAGAUUCAUUUGUUAAUUUUGCGAAUAUUGAAGAAAAUACACCCGCAUAUCAUCGAGAAUACGAUUUUUUCAUUUCAAAGUUUGCAGCGAUGUGCCAUUCAAAUCAAGGAGAAAAUGCAAAAACAGUUCGAUAUGCUGGUCUAAGAGGAUUAAGAGGUGUUUUAUGGAAAUCUGCAAGCGAUCCAUUGCAAACAAGUAUUUGGGAACGACAACAUAUGGAAAAAAUCAUCCCAUCAAUAUUAUUUAAUCUGCAAGAUGAUGGUUGUUUUCAUUUAUUUUCCUUUGAUAUUUUUAAAAAUUCAUAUGAUAUUGAUGGUAAUGAGAUUGAUACCUCGACAGGCAUCGUUUUUCUUGAUCAACCAUAUGCUGUUGAUGGAAUUGCUGAUAGUCCAAAAACAUUAGCGGACCAAUUUUUGAGAGAGUUAAUGGCUAAAGCACCUUUUGGAUUAAAUUCUGUUCUGGAACCCGUUCUGAAACAUUGUGAUUUGCAUGAAAAGUGGAACCCUCCACCCAUUUUUGCAGUGCAGACGUUCAGAGCAAUUAUGUAUAGCGUUAAAGAUCCUUGUUUCGUUAUUCAGGCUCUAAUACAUCAUCUUGAAAAUAUGUCAAACUCGAACGCUUCAGUUCGCAUUGGAAUCGCUACUGUUUUAUCAAGUAUAGUCUCUAUUGCUGGUUCUAGCAUUGGGCCAUCUUUGCUUGGUAUUUUUAAUUCAUUAUUGAAGCAACUUCGUCAGUCUGUCGAAUUUCAACAAACAGAGUGUUGUCCGUCCAUUGAAGAAGAAAAAAUUUAUCAGGAAACACUUAUAAAUACAAUGGGCGAUUAUGCAAAUGCUCUUCCUGAUUAUCAGAAGGUUGAAAUAAUGAUGUUUACGGUUGGAAAUAUACCAAAACUAUCAGAUGAUGGCCAAGCGCUUAAUCCUGGUGAUGCCUUCUUACAAAAUGUGCUUGUCAAAACCAUAUUAAGGGUUGCAACGAAAUAUAAAACAUCUUAUUUAGCAACUGUUUUCACAGAUUCUUUCUUAAUUACGAUGGUUCAAUUAGCGCUUUCAGCUGAUCCUAAUGUCAGACUUGAUACACAUCGUAUUUUUCAAACGCUUUUGGACAGACAUGAUAAUCUCUCUGUGCUCCAACAUCUACCAUAUGUCUUAGAUGUUUCGGAUUUACAGUUGACGGUUGAAAAGUGUUCUCGACCCGAUCAAAUGUUUAUGCGCAAACACAUCCAUUUGAUUGUCAAUAUGCUGUACAAGAGUGUUUGUUUGGUGCCUGAAAAUGAUUCGCAAUUUGAACAUAUGGAAGCAAUAUUAUGCACUAUGGCAUUAUUUUGUGUUGAAGUCGGGUAUGACGAGGUUCUUAUCGAACUGUUUCGUCUUUCUUUUGCUCUUCAGGCAAUUGCAUUAGAAUCUUCCAGUGGAUUUAGUCCUCAUAAGCGAAUAGCUAUUCAUAAUCUUGUUGCAAAAUAUUUGAAUUUAAGCAGUCAGUUAAUGGCCAUUCCAUCUCUUUGUCAGCAUAUGCAGCAAGUUAUUCAAAAAAGAAUAUCGCUCGGUUAUCGUUCGCUAUGUUUGUUACCCGAAUUGAACGUGCAGAAUGGUGAAAAUACGGAAAAAAUCAAAGAACAGAUUGCUGUUAUGCUAGAAGAAGAUGCGUCUUUGCUUUUUGACAAAAAUGAUGUAGCCGAGAUUUUAAAAGCAUCAGGCAAAGAUGUUCAACGUCUUGCCAUACCUUUUGUGGCAAAAAAUAAUGCUCUUUCUUUACUUCCUGGUAACAAUAUCAAUAAUUAUAUGGUGCUAAAAAAUACCGAUAAACCUGACGCAUUUUCUGGAAGAGGAAUAAGUGUUCAAGAUGAAGCGGAUGAAAAUUCAGUCGACAUGAGUAUUGACUGGAGCUACGAAUCAAUACGUGUAUCAAGGAAAAAUACUAUUUUUACAAUCGGGCAUGAAAAGAAAAAUAUUACUAAAGAACCAGUAACAGUGGAAACAUUGCGUAAUUUGCUUAAUUCUCCUCUUGAUACGGUGGAAGAAGAACGCAAAGAAGCGGAAAAAACACAACAAAUUUUGGAAAUGUUUCGAUCUGAACCAUUUGAUAAAUUGAUGGAAAGAAAUUAUCAGAGACGUGAAGAGAUUGAUUUAUCGAAGACUGUUAAGCGACUCUUACAAAAAACGAAUGAAUCAAAUCGUCUAAGUGAAUAUGGAAGUGGUGAUAAACCAAAGAAUAUAUUUGAAUUAAAAUUCCCUUCAUUUGUUUGCUGA